AUGGGUGACAACGAUCAGACUACUGGUCUCAGCGCCGACCCAGCGGCGAAUCCCCCCGAUGCCGCGGCCGCGGAAAAAGGAAAGGGCAGGGCUGUUGACUACACUCCUGCUGAGGAAGUGAGCAUGGGAGAAGAGGAGGAGGAAAGCUAUGACGAGGACAGCGCCAUUGAAGAAGAAGACCUGGACUCUACUGACCGCUAUGUGACUCUUACAGAUGAAGACGAGGAGGAGGGCGACAAUCUCGAACCCAUCUCUACGGACAACAUCAUCGAAGGAGGUCGACGGACCCGUGGCAAGAUGAUUGACUUUGCUGAGGCCGCGGAAAAGGCCAAGGCCGAGGGCGAAGGUGAAUUGGAUGACGAUGACGAGGACGAUGAGGACUUUGAGCUGGGCAACGAGGACGAGAUGAACGAAUAA